UGGUAAUAACAGAAACGUCAAAAGUGAUAAGUGUUUAUCAUAGUAAAUUACAAGGGAAAAUUAUUAAAUCGAUUUUUAAUACAACUUUUAAAGUUUUAGAAUGGCUACUGAUAAAGAACAUUCUUUGACUGUUCUAAAUAAUGACUUUUUGGGUCGCCUUCGGCAAUCUUUUUAUACUGAUCCAAAAAAUCUGCUUGCCCAAAACAUCUGUUCGAGAAUUGAGCCCUUUGAUGUUUGUAUUUCAAGAAAGCAUUUAGAAGAAACUCAACAUGUCUUCAAUUUCAAGGUAGAUGAAGCCAAACCUAUUACAAAUCAAAAAAACUCGGGUCGUUGUUGGAUUUUUGCUGCUUUAAACGUUAUUCGUAUUCCGUUUAUUAAACAUUAUAAUCUUGACGAUUUUGAAUUUAGUCAAGCGUAUUUAUUUUUUUGGGAUAAAAUCGAACGUUGCAAUUACUUCUUAAACAACGUCGUCGAAGUUACACGCAGAGAAGAAGCCGUUGACGGUCGAUUAAUGUCAUUUUUACUACAAGAUCCAAUUUGCGAUGGUGGUCAAUGGGAUAUGUUUGUCAAUUUGGUAAAGAAACACGGAUUAAUGCCGAAAAAAAACUUUCCCGAAUCGUUUAGUUGUGAAAAUAGUUUAAGAAUGAACGCGCUUUUGAAAAGUAAAUUAAGAGAAUACGCUAAAACGCUUCGCGAUUUGAUUGUUUCUGAUAAAAACGAAGAUGAGAUUAAAGCAACAAUAGAAAAUAUGAUGGAAAACAUUUAUAGAAUAGUCGGAAUUUGUUUAGGAAUUCCAAGCGAGUCGUUUGUUUGGACGUUUUACGAUAAAAACAAGCAGUUUCAUUCGGUCGGUCCGAUUUCUCCGAAAGAAUUUUAUGAAAAUCAUGUGAAACACAUUUUUAAUCUCGAUAAUAAGGUCUGCUUGGUUACCGAUCCACGACCUUCAAAUCCUUAUAAUAAAUCAUACACGAUAGAUUGUCUCGGAAAUGUUGUUGGCGGCAAAAAAAUCAUUUACAAUAAUCAAGAAGUGGAAAUGUUACUCAAUUUAACCGCAAAAAGUAUCGAACAAAACGAACCCGUUUGGUUUGGAUGCGAAGUUACAAAAAGAUUUGCGGGAAAACAAGGUGUGCAAGAUUUAAAAGUACACGAUUUCGAGUUAGUUUUUGGCGUAGACGUUCAAAUAACGAUGAGUAAAGCCGAUAGAUUGGUUUAUGGAGAAAGCGCGAUGACGCACGCGAUGAUUUUUACCGGGAUUUACAAAGAAAUUAAUCGGAAUCUUCCAAAAUCCGACUCAAACGUUGAUUUGAAAGAGGAAAAAUAUGUUAAAGAUGGUGAAGUAUUAAGAUUGAGAGUGGAAAAUUCUUGGGGUGAAGAGCGGGGCGAAAAGGGUUACUUGGUGAUGAGUGCUGAUUGGUUUAAAGAGUUCGUAUUUGAAGUGGUUGUCGAUAAGAAGUUUGUGGAUGAAGAAGUGUUGAAAGUUUUUGAACUGGAACCGGUCGUUUUACCGGCGUGGGAUCCAAUGGGGACGUUGGCGGAAUAAGAAGGAAUUGUAAAAAAUCAAUUAAUUUAAGACUACUCAUUCAAAAAUCUUUUAAUUGCAAAGUGAUUGGUAAGCAAAUAUAUGUAAUUAAUUAAUAACACAAUGAAAAAUUA